AUAGACCGAUUUGCAGUCCGCCAUAUCCCGUUCGUUGCAGAUACAAAUUUGUUUCUCGUUGCUGUCUCUCCAGAAAUCCCCCCCCUUCUAUUUCACGCGUCUCACGGCGAUCGAUAUCUCAAAGAUUCCAGACUGUUUCUAAGGUUUCUGAUUCCGAUUUAAGAUUUUGAAGCUCGGGUUUUCAAUCUGUGCGUCGGUUCUUCGACUUUUGCCAGGGGUGGUUUCUGAUAUUGGAUAUGUCGAAUUCUAGAAACCAAGACAAGAUCCAGGGUCUUGAACGCGCGAACCAAUACGGAGACGAGGACUCCGAAGACUCGUCUAUGGAUGCGCUCUCUUCGUGUGGCGUCGAAUCGGGUGCGAGUUCUUCUGGUUCGCGAGAGAACGGCGGGUCGAGGACCGAGACUGGGCUCACGGACCGGUUGACGGAUGUUCUUGUUUACGGAGGGGAUGGAGAUCUGUUACUUCAGCAGAGCGAUCGCGAGGACAGGGUUCUGCAGUGGCUUCGGGCUCUGGAUAUGCAAGUGAUCGGGGCUUGUCGCGCCGAUGAGAGGUUGAAACCGUUGUUGAAGAUGAAUGCUUCGAAUGGAGUCGCCGAGGAUUGCCUGCUGGCUCAUUUAAGUCGGCAUUUUGAGCCGGCAGAGGUUGGUAUGCUAGCGAGAUGCUUCUGUAUACCUCUAGUUUCUCUUCGAGUGGGAAAGAUCUGCAAGCAAGGAACUGUCUUGUUCCCAACUGCUACAAGGGGAAAUCUGAAUCUUACGGUUUUGCCUACAUCUGAUCUGCGCCUCUCAUUCAUUGGAGACAAUGGUGAGACGGAGAGAUUAUUUACCUUGAGUAGUAAGUCCCAGUCUUUAGUAGCAGUGGAUGAGAUCCCAGCAGAUAAUUCUGGCCGAUCCUUUCUUAUAAAGAUCCCAGGUGGCCAGGUUGUAUACUUUUGGUGCUCAGAGAAGUCAAAGCUUUUGGGAGUUGAAUUGCUUGUAAAGAUGAAGGAUUUACUCGAGAGGAAACCUUCUAUUGCUGAAUUAACUGGAAUCUGUGAGUCACGCCUCAGCUGCUUUGCAACUCAUCUUCAUGCCUAUCUUGCAGCAACAGUGGGUAGUUCACAAGCAAGUUCUCCAGGCUCACCUAUUCCUCCCUUGGAUACCACCACUGAACUGUCUGAUACAUCUCAGAGUGGGCACUUACUUAUAUCAUUUAAAUCUCUGCGUUCUCGGCACAUUGGAAGUCAAUCCGCAGAGGCAAAUUCAUUUCAUCCAGGCAGCCUCAGUCCAAGAACCGGUUCCUUUAAAGAGGGCCCACCCAGAAACUUGUCUUCUCUCAGGAGUGCCGCUAGGGAAAAAUUGAGACGGCGAGGGGAUGGCCAUCUUUCAUCAGUUGAGAAUUUGACCAUUACUUUGUCAACUGCAGUUGAAGCAUCCUCAUCAAAUAAUUCAGAAAAUGAUAUCACUAGAAAUCUGCCAUUCUCCCCAUCGAGUUUGCUAGAGUCACUAGGGAAAUUGGCUGUUGCACCUGCUUUAUGCCUCACGACUCAAGUCUCUUGUGUGGGGUUACCUCUUUUCUCCCCUCACUAUUGUCAUUGCACUCCUGGUAUUUCAACCCCACAAUUCUCAGCGGCACCUCAGCAACUUCCUGCAUCAUCAAAUGAAUCACAGUCACUUCCCCAUCUUUCUUCUCUAGGUCCGGUUAGAAUGCCAUCCAGUUUGUUGAAUUCUACACAGCCUCCGAGUCUAGGUGAAGCUUCCACAGUGAACUUCCCAGCUUUUCAGCCAGACCCUUUGUUCCAGUUGCCAACUCAAACUUCUCAUCAGAUAUUGCCAACUUUCACACCUUUAAUGUGCGAUCCAAUUGUUCACAUUCCGGUUAUUGAUGUUUGCUCUUCUGGCCAAGGCUACUUGGUUAGUGCUGGUCCUGCUAUUUCAACUGCCAUUCAUCCAUUGCAUACAAAACUUGUGAACCCUUUGAUGCCUGAAACCGACAGCAUAUUAGAAAAGGGUGCCAGAGAGACAUUGCGUCUACUCAUCAGCGGAUCAUCCCGGACUAACCUGCCAUUGAUGGAUGUAUUUCCUGCUGUUCUAACAAAAGCAGAUCAGAAUCAAAGCAUACUUGUUGGUGGGAGCCAGGGUCUAUGCAGCGGAACCACUGAUGCUGGUGUUAUUGCUAACAGCAUUGCUGCCAUGAGUUUGGGUUCACUGUCUGAGAGAUCUGAUGGAGACAGCUACGAUAAUACAGAUAUACAUCCUGCAACAUCUUGUGGUUCAGUUGGAUCUUGUUCGGUUGAUAAGGGAUCCACUUCUUGUUCAGACUGGAUGGAAGAAAGCGAUUGAUAGAAUGAUUCUCAUGGGCUCAUUUUUUAUUCCUCUGUAGAUCUGGUUUUUCAUCCCUCAAAUGUAGAUAUGUUGCUGUAGUUUUGGUUGCCCUUUUGAGUUGCAACGGGCGAAAACUUCUGUUUGUAAUUUGUUGUUCUCUCUUGAGCCCCAAUUGAGCAAGUUCUCGAGUAGAAUGUGAAUAAAAUUUGGACUUAGUUUUGGUCGUAAACGUCGUUCUCGUA